AUGGCCGCUUCUUUCGCUCGCCUGGCGGGCAAUGCGCCCAAAAGGCUCUGCCUCCGCCCCUCCUCGCUCAACACAUCUAUUCCUCGUUCCCGCUCGAUAGCCACCUCAGUUCCUCGUCGUCAUGCCGAGCCUACCACCUACCAAGCCACCAAGCUUGUCCAGACCGACCCGACCUUCACCCAUUUCGCCAACAAGGGUGCGCCCGAGGACCCCGAAGCUGCCGGUCUGGAAUCUGAGGCCGAAGGGAUUGACCGCAAGAUUCGUCACUACACUGUCAACUUUGGUCCCCAGCAUCCCGCUGCUCACGGUGUGCUCCGAUUGAUUCUGGAGCUCAAUGGUGAAGAGAUUGUUCGAUCCGAUCCCCACGUCGGUCUGCUUCACCGUGGUACCGAGAAGUUGAUCGAGUACAAGACCUACAUGCAGGCUCUGCCCUACUUCGACCGAUUGGACUAUGUCUCCAUGAUGACAAACGAGCAGUGCUUCUCCCUCGCUGUCGAAAAGCUGCUGAACGUUGAACUUCCCGAGCGUGCCAAGUGGAUCCGUACUUUGUUCGGCGAGAUGACCCGUAUCCUGAACCACCUCAUGUCCGUCCUCUCCCACGCUAUGGAUGUUGGUGCUUUGACUCCUUUCCUCUGGGGUUUCGAGGAGCGUGAGAAGCUCAUGGAAUUCUACGAGCGUGUCUCCGGUGCCCGUCUCCACGCUGCAUACGUUCGCCCCGGUGGUGUGUCGCAGGAUAUCCCUCUCGGUCUUUUAGAUGACAUUUACCAGUGGGCCACUCAGUUCGGUGACCGUAUCGACGAGACCGAAGAGUUGCUCACGGAUAACCGUAUCUGGAAGGCCAGAACCCAGGGUGUUGGUGUUGUCAACGCCGCCGAUGCGCUCAACAUGAGUUUCACCGGUGUUAUGCUCCGUGGCUCCGGUGUCCCCUACGAUAUUCGCAAGUCUCAGCCCUAUGAUGCCUACGACCAGGUUGAAUUCGAUGUUCCCGUCGGUGUUAACGGUGACUGCUACGACCGUUACCUCUGCCGUAUGGAGGAGUUCCGUCAGUCUCUCCGCAUUAUCCACCAGUGUCUGAACAAGAUGCCUGCUGGUCCAGUUCGUGUUGAGGACUACAAGAUCUCCCCCCCUCCCCGUGCCGCCAUGAAGGAGAACAUGGAAGCUCUCAUUCACCACUUCCUGCUCUUCACCAAGGGUUACUCCGUGCCCCCUGGUGAAACCUACUCAGCCAUCGAAGCCCCCAAGGGUGAGAUGGGUGUGUUCCUCGUCAGCGACGGUAGCGAGCGCCCAUACCGCUGCAAGAUCCGUGCUCCUGGUUUCGCUCACUUGGGUGGUUUCGACCAGGUGUCUCGUGGUCAUCUUUUGGCCGACGCCGUCGCUAUUAUCGGUACCAUGGAUCUGGUGUUCGGUGAGGUUGACCGGUAAACAUAUUGGCAACGCAAUAAUAAAAAGAAAAACAAAAAAACGAAGA